AAGAUAUAUGGUCAUUUCUCAUCCACACAGCCCUCCUCUCUGCCCUCAGCCACUUCCCAAUGGCUCUCAUAGCUAAUCGACUCCUCUGUUACACCUCCACAAGAACACCGUACACCCAACUCCCUCUACGCCGUCCAUUCUUCAUACCAUCAUCCCCAUCGUGGUCUCAUCAGCCAAGAACAUCAUCUUCCACAGUCUCGGCGAAUCCCAAAAAGCUCUCUUCAUCAUCAAGAACCGGAAGAUAUGACAGUAAGAACAGAAGAAGCUUAGUUUCAACUAAGGAACAACAACAAGAAGAAGUAGUAGUAGAAAAACAAGGGAUAGAUGAGAUUUCAGUUGAUAACAACAGUGCUACUAUCGCAGCUGUUGAUGAUGGAUUUGUAAUGCCAGAGCUUCCCGGAGAAAAACCUGACUUCUGGGAAGGUCCUCAGUGGGAUGUUCUUGGGUUCUUUCUACAGUACAUGUGGGCUUUUGGUAUCGUUUUCGCGUUAAUUGCUUGUGGCAUUGCUGUGGCCACAUAUAAUGAGGGAGCAACAGAUUUCAAGGACACUCCAGUUUACAAAGAAUCAAUCCAAUCUCGAGAGCUUUUAGAUGAACCAGACACGUCUAAUUCAGAUGUUUUUGAAUCAAAUCCAACCGAACAGGCUCCUACUUUGGACUAGUCUUUGGAUUUACUUGCAAAUUUUGGAGCAAGAAAGAUUCCACCUGCAGGUCUCCAAUUCCAUUUACAAGGUAUUUUUGCAUAGAAAUAAGUAAUUCUGUUAUUUUUUUUCGCUACAUUUCAGAAAUGAAAUUGAACCACGUCUAUGUGGGUUUACGGGCUCAGCUUCUGAUGCUAUUUUUUUUA